AUGAAGACAGCAGAGUACAAAGUUACAAGAGUCAUCAUCCAAACAAUUUCAAUGGCUAUGAUGGUGACCAAUAUGGGAGUGUUUGCAUACACAUAUCUGUGUGAGUUUAAUAGGCUGGAGGAGAGAUUAGCCAACAAGCCAACAUUUCUAUUUUCUGACAUGAGCAUGUACGUUUGCGCCAUCAAUAUGCUAUUUUCUGUGAUAACGGCAUGCUGUAUCACUUCUAAAUUCAAAUUCUGGAUGGCGCUCUGUGAAAAAGCUCUUUAUAUGCAAAUUGCAUUUACAUGCAGUGCUGCAUUUUAUUUUUAUUGCUUUUAUGUCAGCUCAGUAAUGACUUCGGUUUCUGAAGAAAUGAUUGACCAUACCCAGGGAUUCCUAACUUUAUUGAAAAGCUACAACAUUUUUCCCGUAAGAAAUAGCUAUGUGGAAGGCUUUAGGCAGCAUAUUGAAUUUGUUGUCAAUGUAUUUUGUAUUGUUCAAUUGGCCGUUGCUUUUGGAGCCUAUAUCCAGGCUAAAAUACUUGGUUACACAACUACAAUUGAUCUUGAGAAGAAGGCGAUGUCUGCACCAAAGGUUGAAGUGAUGGGAAGAGUAGGGGCACAAAGAAUGAGUGCAACACUGAAAACCAUUCCUAAAAUGAAUGGCACAGUGGCUGCUUGA